ACACACACACACACACACACACACACACACACACACACGUUAGCAUCUGUUAUCUCACAAUUAUCAUAUACAUUAGUCAACACCUGUUUCGCUUAACUUCGUUUAAUUAGUCGCAUUGAAACGUUGCGCGUCUUACAAAACAAUGCCAUCCGACAUGUAAAAGGGACGUCUGUUAUGGUUCAGACAAUAAAUUAACAAAUACAAAGAUUGUGAGAGGCCACUUCAUAACUUGCUCAUAUUCAUUCGAUCAUUAGAUGAAAGGGCUGCAAGGAGUGUAUUUGGAGAAGGCAACACAUCCGUCCAGUGGCACUUUUACGCGUGCGUAAAACAUAAUCUAAUUGUUUAUUCUCGCAAAUGUAAUGACAUUGAGAAAGUUAAUUCAAUUCACAGAACUACAGAUCUGUAAAGACUGAAGUGUCAUAAGCGACAGUAGAAUGUUGUUAACUGAAUUCAGGUCAUUUUCAAAGCUCCCGGUUGAUUAGUGCUAGACAUGCGAAGUGUUAAAUUCGUCACUAAAAACACAUCAAACUGGUGUAAGUGUCUUGAAAACUAAAGGUUCAAUAAAAUUCAAAUAAAAACAACGAAAACGUUCAAAUAGAAAACAUCAUGUCACAAGAAAUGUAUCUCAUGCUUGUAUUCUUCUGUUUGAGAGCUAUAUGUAAAAAAAAAGUUUCAGGCUGUUCUUUAAAUUAGAUCAAUGACAUACCUAAAGACUGUAUAACAAAAAUAUGAACUUACAGUUAAGCCUGAAUCUCUAUUCAUCCAUGAAAAGAAAAAUGUUGCAUAUGUAUUGAAACUUAAGUUCUUUACAAACAAAUCGUGUGUCGCGAUAAGCAGCGCGUAUCUGGCCUCUCCACGAAAACGCUAAAAGGAACAGCGGAGGGCCCCUUUGAUGGGAUUUGUUGCCAGUGAAAGCUGCGGGUCUUUUGAGCGUAGCUGUCAGUCACCACCGGUGGCACCUCCCCCUGCCUCCCCCACCAGCUAACACUCGCUGGCAGCUGGGUGUAUAUAAAUAGUCGCAGGAGGUCGGAUCGCCACUCGAAGCCGAAUAGCUGGGACGCAGGAAAGAUGCCCGCAUCGCAAACUGGAAUUGGCAGCUUUUUCUUGGAGCGGAACAUCAGCAUGCCGACUGGAUAUCAGAUCCCGUUGUUGGGAUGCCCGCCGGGUUUGCAACAACAACAACAACAACAACAACAGGCUCAGCAUCUGGCAGCGAUGGCAGCUGGAGUUCCGAUAACGUACUCUGGACUACAGGGAUACAACUUCAUCCCCUACCCGCACCACCGGCACGUCGCACACAUGAACCACGGGUUUGACUUGAAGGCCACAUCUCCCUACCAUCACGCGCUACUGGCCCGCGGGGGCCCUUUCUAUCCCCCGUACCGCCAUGGAGUAGCCGAGGAUCCCGGCAGGGUCGCCAAAGUGGCGUCCCGGGAGAGCACCGGGGCGCUCAAGGCGUGGCUCAACGAACACCUGAAGAACCCGUACCCCACCAAGGGCGAGAAAAUCAUGCUCGCCAUCAUCACCAAAAUGAGCCUCACGCAGGUCUCCACCUGGUUCGCCAACGCGCGGCGACGUCUCAAGAAGGAGAACCGGGUCAGCUGGGCGUGUAAGGGCAAAUCAGACGAGGAGGAGGACGACGAGCAGGAGGGAGAGAGCGACGACGCCGACAGUUCCGCGACGAACUGUCACCUGGACGAGGAGGAGCCGCGCGGCGACCCCGCGCGCGCCGACGAGCACGGAGACGGCGCGCCGGACGGCUCGGAGCGCGCGGACGCGCCGUCGGAGUUGCCGCGGCAGCAAAGCAGCGAGCGCGGAGACGGAAAACUUGCACUUGUUGUUGAGAAGGUUGAAAAGAGGGACGCUGAUCACACGCGCUCCGCGUUGGAGAGUAAACAAGACAUUGGCGCGCAGAAACCCAAAAUCUGGUCUUUGGCCGAGACCGCCACCUCGGAGACGGUUAAGAGACCGCUGGACAGCAUUUACCACCCGGCCGGGAAACUGUGGGCCGAGUGGGCUUCGAGAAACGGACUGUUCGUCCCGUCGUGUUACACCACGCGGGAAGUCGUCUGAGUGGGUAUUUGGACACGCAGAAGAGACACUUUUCCACAUCUAUGCACUUUAAACUUUCAGACCUCGGGGAUUUGGUCCUGAGGUUUGCAGUGAAACGAAACCCUGUCACGAGACCAAAGACUGAAACGUGUUGUUGUAAAUAAAUGUAGAUGUAUUUUUCCAUCGCCAACAUGUAAAUUAUGUUUCCUUUGUCUAUUCAUGAAUAAAUAUUUUGCUUAAAUAAA